AUGUGCGACAUCUACGGCCCAGGCUGGCUGACAUUCGAUGAUGACGCUGUGACUCUGAGGAGUUUGUACAAGGACGGGAAAAAAACUUGGACCUACCAACAGCUGCAGAAAGCCACGUGCAGCGAUACCUCUUUCCAACUCUUCAUCGCCGAAUACUCAGAUUGGAUGUACUUCGAGUACGUUCCAGGCCAUGAAAUGAAAAAGAUUUUUGAUUACAAAAAGUCCGAAGGCGAUAAUAGAAGAUGGCUAUCUAUGCCAAAAAGUCAGAAAUUGUUUGAAGGAAUUAAAUAUCUAUGGAAAUAG